AUGGAGAGCGACGAGUUUGACGAUGGCCUUGCUGAUGAGGACCUCAUGGAUGUUCUGGAUAAAGCCUCCUCUUCAGCGAAUCACCAGAGUUCUGCAGGACCAACCUCAAGUGCCGCCGCUAUCGCUGCCGCUGUUGCAGAGCUGGAUGGUUUACCUUCCGACGCAUUUUCAUCUCCAGAGCCAUUUCAGAAUAACAGCUCGAUAAGCCAUAACUCUAGGCCUUCACAGCCUCCACCGAGAAUUGGGCUAAAUCGUUCAAACUCCUCGAUCCUACGCCAGACCACGCUAUUUGGUGGGCAAGCGUCCACGGGUAAUGAGCCCUGGUUGUCUCAAACCCAAACCACGAAUACAAGAGUUUAUCGUGUAGAUCUUCCACGAGAAGAGCCGACUCAUCACGAACUUGAAAAAGAGGCAAUGCAGACUUGGGUUUACCCUACCAAUCUUGGUGCUAUCCGUGACUAUCAGUUCAGUAUUGUGAAGAACAGCCUGUUUAACAAUACACUGGUUGCUUUGCCUACUGGACUUGGAAAAACGUUCAUCGCUGCUACCGUUAUGUUGAAUUUUUACAGGUGGACAAAAUCUGCCAAGAUUGUAUUUGUUGCUCCGACGAAGCCCCUUGUCGCGCAGCAAAUCGAUGCAUGCUACAACAUUGCUGGCAUUCCACGCUCGGAAACGACAUUAUUGACUGGAGAUAUAAACCCGGCAAUUCGAGCAGAGGAGUGGGAACAGAGGCGUGUUUUCUUCAUGACACCGCAGACACUCAUGAAUGAUCUUUCCCAUGGAUACGCCGACCCCAAAAAAAUCGUGCUUCUUGUGGUGGAUGAAGCACACCGUGCUGUUGGCGAGUAUGCCUAUGCAAAGGUUACCAAGUUCAUUCGCCAAUUUUCCAACAGUUUGAGGGUGCUCGCCUUGACCGCUACACCUGGGUCAAAGGUCGAGACAGUGCAGGAGAUCAUUGAUAAUUUGGGAAUCUCGCACUGCGAAAUACGAACUGAGGAGUCCAUUGAUAUUCAGCAAUAUGUUCACCAGAGAAAUAUCGAACAGCAGGUUCUGGACCCAUCGGAGGAGAUGGUUCAUGUCAGUGACCUCUUCACCAAGGCCCUUCAACCAUUGGUGGACAAGCUCAGCGCACAAAACGUUUACUAUGGACGCAACCCGAUGGCGCUCACAGCAUUCGGCCUCCUGCAAACGCAAAAAGAAUGGUUCGCCACGAGAGGGAGGGGUGCGAACCAAGGUUUGCAAGGCAUGAUGAGAGCCAUCUUCAGUGUAUUGACGAGCAUUGCCCACUCUAUCAAAUUGCUCAAUUUUCAUGGAAUCAAACCAUUCUAUGACAAUCUGAGCGACAUGCGUAAAGAACAGGAAGCGCAAGGGCAGAAGGGCUCCAAGUACCGGAGACAACUCAUUAAUGACCCCAGUUUCCAAGAAAUGAUGGACAUUGUUGCUAAAUGGCUUCGUACUGAUGGGUUCGUGGGCCACCCCAAGCUUACAGCUCUGGCUACUUGCGUUCUUAACCAUCUUGUUGAUACUGGCGAAUCAACCCGCAUCAUUGUAUUCAGUGAAUAUCGAGAUUCGGCUGAGGACAUUGUCCGGAUGCUUAACAAACACCGACCGCUUGUCAAGGCCAGCAUCUUUGUUGGGCAGGCUGACGGGAAGCGUGCGGAAGGAAUGAAGCAAGCGCAGCAAAUCGAAACGAUCGAGAAAUUUCGAAGGGGCGAUUUCAAUGUGCUUGUGGCUACUUCAAUUGGUGAGGAAGGAUUGGAUAUCGGACAGGUCGACUUGAUUGUUUGCUACGACUCGUCGGCCUCGCCUAUCCGAAUGCUCCAGCGCAUGGGUCGUACAGGCAGAAAGAGAGCCGGUAAUAUCGUUCUUCUGCUGAUGCGAGGAAAGGAAGAGGAGCAGUUUGCAAAAUCCAAAGACAACUACGAAAAGAUGCAGAAACUGAUCUGCGAGGGAAGUCGGUUCAACUUUCGGUUCGACCUUUCCAGGCGGAUCCUACCAAGGGAUGCUCGACCAGAGGUCGAUAGACGUCGCAUCGACAUCCCCAUAGAAAACACACAGGAUGCAUCUCUUCCGGAGCCGAAGAGGCGGCGUGUACCGGGAAAGAAGAAGCCUCCAAAGAAGUUUCACAUGCCAGAUGGGGUGGAGACGGGGUUCAAGACAUUGUCAGCCUGGAUGGGCACAGCUUCUUCCAAAACCACCAGCAAAGUGUCAGCGCCGAAAAAGAAUCCCGAGUUGAGUGACCUGACUGCCAUUCCGGAUUUGUCUUCGGUGGUCCUUAGUAGCGGGGAGCUUAAGGAUCUCGACCGGCUAUAUCGUGACCUUCCUUUCAACAAUAGUGCGGUUGAGGAAACAAAUAUGCCUAGCCUGGUGGCCUUUCCUAGGCUUCAAAAGAGGCUCCGGCCUGUGGGUAGAGUAAAACACGGGGACCGCACAAAGAAUUGCGUGAAACUCUUGCAAAAAAUGGCGCGACCUGAUGAAAUGGUUAGGGAAUGCAGAUCGGAAGAUCUGAGCAACUAUAUGGAGAUUCCCGUGAAGGCAUUCGUAGCUUCCGACUACGAGAGCGACGCAGAUGGUAGUGACGCGAUGCCCAAACUACCAAAACCUCGAAAGAGGCAAGCUGAACGAAAGACUCCCGCCGGUGGUCAACGGAAGCGAAGAAAAGUACAGGAUGCGCCUCUUCUCGAGCCUGAUUUAGAAGUGGAAGAGGCUGGUCGUAAUACCUUGGAUGAAGAAGAUGAGGAGAAUAUAGGCCUGACAGCCCGAAUUCGGAAAAAGCCCAAAGCGAAAAGGAAGAAAAGAGCCAAGGCCAGUGGAAAAGGCGCCAGUGAUCUUGAAAUGGGGGAUGAUUGUGAGAGAGACAGUGAUCUCCUGGAAACGGAUGGGUCGGAUAUGGGCGAGGACCUCCAGGAUUUCAUUGUGUCUGAUAACGUCUUACCCAGCACACAACCUGAUGGUUCCAUGUCCUCCCCCCCGCAAGCAAUCGUCGCCCCAGCCUCGCCUCUACUCAUCGUUCUGCCGUGUUCAAUCUAUCAGCAACACAAGAGAGUGACGACCUUCCUGAUCUUGAUACGCUGA